UAUGAACUAAGGGGGCAGCGCUUAUGUUCCAACCGUAAACGGAUGAGCAUCAACACGAAAGAUGUUGAAAAUGGCAGCGCGGUUGAACUGGAGACCACUCUGUUCUCUCCCUCUUUCUCACUUCACGCACCAAAACCUCCGCAAACUAAACCCUAAUCUUCGCUUCCACACCUCACAACUCUUCUGUUCCGCUUCUCUUCAAACCUCACCUUCACCUUCUCUCAAUGCCGAACUCGACCCAUAUCUCCACUGUUCCAUGCAACAGCAGAAGCCACUCCGAGUCGCUGUUCUUAUCAGCGGCGGCGUCGACAGCAGCGUUGCUCUCCGGCUUCUUCAUGCCGCCGGUCAUUCUUGCACUGCUUUCUAUCUCAAGAUAUGGUUCCAAGAUGAUUUUGAGAACUUUUGGACUGAAUGCCCUUGGGAAGAUGAUUUGAAGUAUGCUAAAGACGUUUGCAAUCAGGUUGAAGUACCGCUAGAAGUUGUUCAUUUGACCGAUGAAUAUUGGAAAAACGUGGUUUCAUACAUCAUUGAAGAGUAUAGGUGUGGUCGAACUCCGAAUCCGGAUGUUCUUUGCAAUACAAGAAUAAAGUUUGGUGCAUUUUUGGAUGCAAUUGGUGGUAUGGGUUUUGACUAUGUUGCCUCUGGGCAUUAUGCAAAGGUUAUCCACCCAUUUGCAGAUGAGAUGGAUGGGUCUUCUGCUCUAGAACUAUCAGAAGACACGGUAAAGGAUCAAACUUACUUCCUAUCGCACCUAUCUCAGUCCCAGCUGAAGCGACUUCUCUUUCCACUUGGUUCUAUUCCCAAGGAUGAAGUCCGCAGGCUUGCAGCAAAAUUUGAUCUACCAAAUAAGGAUAGAAAGGAUUCCCAGGGAAUAUGUUUUUUGGGCAAGAUAAAAUUCAGUGAAUUUGUUGCAAGACAUAUUGGGGAGAAAGAAGGUAUCAUACUGGAAGCUGAGACAGGAGAUUUCCUUGGCAAACAUCGAGGCUUUUGGUUUUAUACUAUUGGUCAACGCCAGGGUCUAAAGCUAUCUGGAGGUCCAUGGUAUGUUGUUGAGAAGGAUGUUAAAAACAAUGUAGUUUUUGUGUCCAGAAAUUACUUUUCCUUUGACAAAAAAAGGCGCGUAUUUCGUGUUGGAUCUUUUAAAUGGCUUAGUGGGAUGCCUCCCAGCCAGACAAGUCAGCUUCGAUGCAAGGUGAGACAUGGUCCUGGGUUCUAUGAUUGUAGCUUACAAAUGGAACUUAGAGAAGAUAACUCAAUUGACUCCGCUGUCGUCUGCAUAUCUGAAGAUGAUCAAGGCCUAGCAGCUGGGCAGUUCACAGCCUUCUAUGAGGGAAGAAUAUGCAUUGGUUCUGGUGUAAUUUUGGAGUCCGGGGAUGAUCAAAGUUUUCCAGUAUGCGCAAAAGCUUUGGAAAUUGCAAGAAUGGAAGAUAAAUCAAAGAUUGGGAAACCAGUUAAGAUAAAAUUUAAACCAGAUAACCUGCCAGAAGUGUGUGAUUCCGUAGAAUUGGCAAGUAAAGCAUCAUAGUCUUGCUCCCACAAAACAAAACAUGCAGACUUGUCAAAGGAAUGCAAUUUCCAGAUUCCCUUUUAUCUGGCAUUCAAAAAUUGGCAGGCAGGGGCAUUCCUAUGUGUUAGGAAAUUGUACACUAAUGUAAAAAAAAUAAAAAAUAAAAACGCUAGGUAGAAUAAGUAUUUUUUUGGGGGGAGGGAUGCUACUUUAAAUUGCAAUGCAAGGUGGUAGGGAUCCUCUGCACAUGGUUUAGAAGGGGAAAUGGGGUCCUCUACAGGUCUGAGAAUGAGGUAAAAUAAUUUGAAGAGAGAUGAGAGUUUGUGAGAUAGAUAGUGUAAAGAGAUGUAUGUAAGGGGAAGAAUCAAGGUUGAAGCAAUUCCCCCCAGAAAAUAAAUUGGUUUACUUAACCAUAUUUAUUAAAAUGUUAUUUUUGCCCCCAUAAA